AUGCUUCCAGUGCUUGCGCUGUUGGACGACAUGACAGCUCGGUGGGACACGAUCAAGGCUGUUUGCGAGCUGACGUCACAACCAUACUCACCUCAAAGCACCAUCGGAAAAACCAUCGAUAGCAAGGCAUAUCUUCUCUUGAGGUGUCAGCCUUGGAGGCGAUUUGUUUUACUGCUAUCCCUCACCAACGGGUACCGUGAACUGCAAGUACACAUGUAUGACCACUCAGGUGGUGUUGUAACGCCUGGUAUCAAUAUCCUCGAAAUUCCAUCAGCUUUUUCUCGCCCAACGACAAACAAACCACCUACUCUAGAUCAAGCACGCAAAUCCUUAGUCGAAUCUCCAAUGGACGAGGUUUUCCAGGGUGGGAGUACUGCUCCCCCUCAGAUUGAGAGCGCUGUCCCCACAAUGUCUAAUGCACCAGCGAGUGCCUCCACAACCAAAGCUACAGUAACUCCCGACCCCCCCCCCCCCCCGAGACAGAAAUCCCCACAGAUCCUCUUUGGGCUUGUUGGGCGCGGCACAGUCUGUUAUUUGGCCAGGAGGGGCAAUGAAGAAUACAUAAUCAAGGACCAUUGGGUCCUUGGGGAUAAAAAUGUCGCCUUGAAUGAAGUUACGAUGCUUCAGGCCAUGCAAGGAGUCCGUGGUGUUCCUCAACUAAUUGAACAUUGGCUUGUUGAGAUUGGGCCUCAAGAGGUUGAUGAAACGAUGAGUUAUCAUGGCAAGAUUUGGCAGAGUAUCAAAGGUACCUCACGCACACAUGUUCGUUUGGUCUUGAAGCCCAGUGCACGACCUUUACACAUGUUCCGGACGAAAGUAGAGUUGAUUAGUGCGAUUCGGGACAUCGUUAAAAUUCAACAGAUAGCUGUUGAAGAAUGUGGAAUUCUCCACCGAGACUGCAGUCUCAACAACUCCAUGAUCGAGGACGAUGGUCAUGGAUCCCAUGGAACAUUAAUCGAUUGGGAGUUCGCUGUGCGUAUUCUUACAGGCCAAAAAUAUGCUAUCGGGGGGACGGGAACGGCAUCUUUCAUGUCCCGUUCGCUCCUGUUCCAGCUCUCUGAAGCUGUUGGCGGUACUGCGAUGUCUCAAAAUAGUUGGAAGCAUGCCUCACAUUCCCGUGUACAAGCACCUCCUCUUAUCAUGCACGGCUGUCAGGACGAUCUCGAGUCAGUAUUUUACGUCUUCAUUUGGAUCUGUAUUGGGUACAGGGGUCCACUUGGUGUGAAACGUGUUCUUGGGCCUCGGAAGCCAUCAGAAGGGGAUUGGCUACUGCAUCUGUGGUCCACCGACUCCUUCAAGGAGAAUGGUAACGAGAAGACCUCAUUCUUUUUCCAUCCGCAUGCACACAAAUUCAGGGAGCAAUUCCACUCCUACUUCCAUGACCUACUUCCACUUGCGGAGGAGUGGUACAAAUUAAUUAGGAGUAAAGGACCAUCACAUUCAGUGACAUUUAAAGAAGUCAUCGAUCUUUUGACUAAGCACCUCAACAUCCUUCCAAAGGAUGAGCCUUCCCCAGAGCUUCUAUUCGCGCGGAAGGUCAUUGAUGCACUCCCUGGUGGACUCCCUGAUGCCCUCCCUGGUGGAAAGAGAAAGGAGGUGUCCGAAGUGGUUGAUAAUGAUUUACUGGUCAUGGAACAUGACAUGGCAUUUGGGGGUCGGGUUCUUUGGACGAUGGAAACCUUGCCCCAGCCAAAGCGGAUGAGAACCGGCUAG